AAGGGACCCGGGGAGUGCUAACAGUCCACUGGAUAUGGGGCGCAAUACUUGCCUUUCCCCGGGCGCUGGCAACCUACGCUACGCCACUGCCCCACGGGAGAUGACGUCACGACUAAAUUUGAAGAAACGUUUUUUUUGGUUUUUAUACGUGGGACCGAGAUCCGAUCGGGCUUCGACCUGGCGUUGGUUAAGGGUGAAAUCCGCAUCAACGUGGACAACAUAAUGCCAGUCAUCAAACUGAUGGAGAUCGAGCCGAACGACGAGUCCGUUCUCGAUCUCAUUAGAGAAGCGCUUAUUGAAACGCGUGGGGAGAUCGACCCUGUGGAGUUUGAGAAGAUCAUAGUGAAGAAGGUCAUGGCCACGGAGGAGGACGAGCUCGAGUGUGUGCGGGCAGCGUUCGCUGUGGCCGACUACGACGCUGACGGCUUCAUCACCGCCGCCGACGUCUACAAGCUGAUGAUGGGACUGGGCGAGGUGAUUGAAGACGCAGAGAUCAUGGCCAUCUUGAAAGCUGCUGACCUAGAUGGCGACGGUAGAAUUAGUCUGUCAGACUUCACACACUUCAUGAUGGGCACGUCACCAGAGGACGUUGGUGCCAGUACUGAGGGUGAGCAGGUCUGUGACGAAGAGAAAGGUACGGAUACGCUAGAAGAGAAACCCGACGGCGAAAACGAUAACAGCAAAUCGCAGCCUAUAGUGAUAGCACCAGUGAAUCUCCAACCACAAGACGAUCAUGCAAAACGUCGCAAACUGUUUUCUUACAUUGGCUCGCAAGUGAGGAAAAGGGCGAGCAUUGUUUCACUGUUCAAAAGGCCUGCUGACAAAACCGGUGACGAAAACAUAUCUUCACGGGCCAAAGAUACAGACCCGUCUGAAGAUCAAGCAGAUGUGGCUAGUAAUGGUAUUAAUGGAAACAAUUCCACAAAUAAGCUGGGCAGCAUUACAGGGAGUGAAUUUCCAGUAGCAACGGGAAAAAUAGACACACAUUCGUUGAGUGUUCACGCAGGAAACAGUGUUUUAGCCAAAAGUGAUCUAGGUGUGAUGGAUGCGGUAUCGUCCAUACAACGAAAGGACGAUAACUCUUCUCGAGAUACACCUGGAGUUACUGGUGUUACGAAACGAGUAGAGGUGAUCGAAGAAGUAAUAAAAGGGACAUUCGUCUCUAGGUAUGGAAGCAAUGAUAUUAUUGAGGAUACUCUCAGACAAGUAGAACUGUGUAAUCAGCCGUCAGAGAAUCUCUCAGUCUGCGCACGUGACGAUAAUAAUAAAAGGGUAAUUCAGAUAUCGGAGGAACAACGGUUGUCUCCCGUGCAUUCUCAGACUGAUGUAGAGUUAGAGUCUGACAAACUCUCGACGAUGUCUGACGAUAUCAGUAGACCAGACAAGGAACAACUGUACGCCGAUGGGAUCGACACACCUCCGGGCACGUUCGUCUCGGACUAUGCAACGUCUGGAGAUUGGGAGUCAGAAUGUGGGUCGAUGAUAUGCAUGCACGACCAAGAACAACAGACUUCCGAGAGUUCGUUUGAAGACCAGCCAGAUUGCAGACACAGGUCGAGUGAGAGGAGAAUCCUCGUACCUACUCAGACCAUCCUGGAAGAAGAGCAGAUGAAGAAGGCCAGACUCUUAGAAAAAGCCAUUCUUCAAAGAGCUAACACUGCGGUAGACUUGUUACGAAAUAUGGCUACAAAUACAAAGGCUAAAAUUCGCCCGAAAUCUUCCUACGUAACCGCGAAGGAGAAAAUGACACAAGACGAUGAGAUGUGUUUAAAGAAACUGAAUAUCGUUAACGUCAGUGAAUCCAUAGACAACGAGCCGGUGUAUGACCCUGAGAAAGUGGUGGUUGAAAAACAUCACGGCUUCCACAGCAUCCGGCCUCUUGCACGGGUCAUCAUGGCGCUGAACAGGACGAGGAAUGCAGCGAGAGUGUCCCAGUUUACGUCUGUGUCGCGGCAGCUGGAGGAAUCCAAACUCGUGUUGUCGCGGGACAACGACCCGGUGGUCCAGUGCCCAACAAAAAGACAGUCGAGAGGCGUGUCUUCAGCUCCUACUUCUGGCAGAAGGCAGCAUAUGACUUCAGAACAUCAACUGAAUCCUGACGCAAAAUCGUCGCCCACACUCUCUAGAAGGAGAAACGUAAAUCUGUCGGAGUCACAGUUUUCGUCUUCAGAUAACAGGUACUCCGCACCUGGGAAGAAUCUAUCAUCUCUGAGACCAAAAAGCUCACCGGCGCCCUACAGGAGGGACGCACAUUCAGCUCGCUGUAAGCACACGUCUUCACGGUGGGAAAAGGUUAAGAACAGCAUCUCAGCUAGGACAUAUGACUAUACAAGGUCUUUGACGUCUAGAGACAUUGUGUCACAGUCGACGGGGGAAUUGCUUGGUGUUUCCGACAGAGUCUGUCCAAGCGACAGUGUGCUUCUAGAAAGACCUCCACUGCCAUCUAGUAAACACGGACAAAGUGCUAGAGUAUCGUCGAAACAAGCAGACGAUCAAAAGAAUGCUCACAUAGGUUCGCCAGUGUUGUCGGGCAGACGCGCAAAUAGUGCUAGAACAGCGUCGAACAAAGCAGACGACCAGAAGCAUCCACGCCCGAGUUCGUCCGCCUCGUCCAUAGUGUAUGGCCACACGAUCCCCACAUCGCUUGGUGACAACAACGAGACUGUGAUGUCAAACGAGUUCAAGGCCAGGAGAAUCUGCUCGGCAUCAUCCUCGAGAAGAAACCUGUCCGAUUCGUACAGGGAAACCACAGCCAGACCUGUGGCCGCUAUUCCUGGUGUUGAUGCCUCUAUCACAAGGGAAUACAGGUCCAGCGCAGACACGGCUUCUUUCAGUUCCACCAGAGACAGUAACACGUCCAGAACGCCUUCUUUGUGUUUACUCAACAUCUGUUUACCCAAAGAAAACGAGUACAAACCACAGUUUGUACGAACAUCGACUUUAAGACGAAUUCCUUGUGUACGCACAAUGUCAUUAAGACGAAUGCCAGUUGUUCGUACACCCUCGGUACGAUCUGCACGUAUGUACAUUUGUAAUUAUAAUCAUGUUAAAUGUUAGCUUGUCUGAUUAAAACAAGAAGUCGUUAUCAGUUCAAA